AUGAAUCCAAAGGUAUAUCUAGUCCUAGCUCUGGCUUUAAGCACCUGCCAGGCUUUUCCUUUUGUGUCCUACGAUGACGAGGAUGACACGGAAGUAGUGGAGUUGCCAGGAAUCGAGGAGGCGCCUCCGAAACUGGGCCAGGACAUCAUUGAUCUCACACCGCUGGGCACAGCUCUCUUUGGCAAACCGGAUGAGGAGAUGACAGCCGCUCUGGUGGGUAACUUUAGUGCCGACACGGAUGAGAUGAAUCCCGAGGAGCUGGGCACCUAUCUGGAGGGUGAUAUGCUGGUGCCCCAAACGGAUCUGAUCAUGAAGAAUGGCCUGCCCACUCAGUCCUCCCGGUGGCCCAAUGGCGUUGUCCCUUACGAGAUCCGUGGCAGCUUCAAUGCCCGCGACAUGGCCACCAUUGAGAAUGCCAUUGCCGAGUACCAUCGUCGCACCUGCAUUCGCUUUGUGCGUCGCAGCUCGGAGCGGGACUACAUCUCCAUUCGAGGCGACAACUCGGGCUGCUGGUCCUCGGUGGGUCGUGUGGGUGGCAAGCAGGAGGUGAAUCUGCAGUCCCCUGGGUGCCUUAGCCGUCCCGGUACCGCCAUGCACGAGCUGAUGCAUGCCCUGGGCUUCCUGCAUGAACAGAAUCGCAUGGAACGUGAUGGUUAUGUGGCUAUCCAGUAUAACAACGUCCAGUCCUCGGCGAUGAAUAAUUUCGAGAAGGCCGCCCGCACUGAGGCCUUUGGAGUGCCCUAUGAUUACGGCAGUGUGAUGCACUACUCCAAGAAUGCCUUCUCCAUCAACGGUCAGCCCACUAUUUUGGCCAUGCAAGCCAAUGGCGCAGAGAAGAUGGGUCAGAGAAAUGGCUUCUCGGAAAUGGAUAUCCAGAAACUCAACCGCAUGUACGAUUGUGGAACUGCCAAUGCUGCUCCAUUUGCUCCCGCUCCGGCUCCUGUUCCUGGAGUCGCUCCUGGCGCUGGUGCUGCUGCUGGCAGUGGCAAUCCCAUUGUGGACAGCUUCCUGGGCGGCCUAAUCAGCGGCUUGGGCUUGGGUGAAGAGCAGGAGAAGACCAGCUCCUAAACAAAAUAGAACUUGGCCACAGAAACUACUAGCUACGUACGAUCACCAUCUCUCCGAAAAUAUUUAAUG